AUGGCGCGACAGAAGGGCGAACACAAGAAAGGCAUGGACGCAGCGAUGUCGUCGCCUAUGAAAGGCAAGUUAGGGCUCGCACACAUCCACAGUACCGGCGUCUUACUGCUAUUACUGAUUCCUCUCGCUUCCAUCGUCAUGCUCUAUGCAGGCGCUCAGCAGACGCUCCUGCCUGUACUGCACUCGUACUUUCCCAAACAACUCCAAUCGUACCUGCCCAUAUCAUCAUGGGAAGCCACAGCCAACUCCCGAGGGCCGAUGAGUCCGGAGAGCCUACUCAAAGCAUGUGCAGACCACAAGUACGCGACUGAGAUCAUAUCUCUCGAUCCCCUUUUGAUCUACAUCAACAACUUCACGUCAGCACAAGAAGCAGAACAGCUUAUCAGCCUCGGCUCCCCCGAAUUUGCUGAAUCCUUCAUCAGCCGCUCACGAGGCAACACUCAGCGGGUGACAGGGCGAACGUCUCAGUCCGCGCCGCUACCCAUGGAAGACCCGCUGGUCAUGUGCCUUCUCAAUCGCGCACGAACGUUCAUGGGCUCCAUGCUACUCCCCUCCGAACCUUUCAGCAUUCCGCAACUCGUGCGCUACUUCCCUGGCCAAAAAUAUAACCUGCAUACGGACUUUUGGCCUGAACACCAGAUCACCACUCUGGAUAACGGGAGACAGGUGUACUACAACCGCGUUGCGUCUUUCUUCGUUUUUCUGCGCGACAAUUGCACGGAUGGGUAUACGUCCUUCCCUCUAGUCGAACCUUCGUCAUCUAUCGAUCUAGAAGGUCUCUAUAAUGGCAAAGUAGCUCACGGAGGGAUGGAAGGAGAAUCUAAAGGCAUCAAGUUCAAGCCGAUUCAAGGAAACGCCGUGUUCUGGGUUAAUCUGGAUAAGCAUGGCAAGGGCGAUAGGAGAGUGGUACAUGCUGGGUUGCCUGUGGGCGAAGGAGAGAAGAUUGGGCUGAACAUCUGGCCUAGAAAAUACUUUGGGUACGUGGAUGGCGGUGGUGAUGAUGAGGCAGAGACGGCGCAGGCGGCACGGCAGGGUUGGAGCGGGAAAUGGAAGGACUAG